ACUAAACCAUUAAACAGUAAACAACGAAAUAAUAUUUAACCCAGUGAUUGGUAGGUAGUUCAUUAGAGUAAAAACUACGAUUAUAAAAUAUAAUGACAGCAAAAAAAGAAACUAAAAUUAUUAAAAAAAAAUUAACAAUUAAUAAUUUGAGACAACACUUUCCAUCUGAAUCAAUAGAGUAUAACCAGCAUAGAGAAACCAAGUCAAUCGAUAAAAAUCUUAAGUCAAUGUUUAGGACAAUGUGGACAACUAAUUUGUUGAUCAAGAAUAUGAUGGACAGUAUUGCAGUCAGUGAAGCAAAACACGAUUACAAAAAAAGUGGUCAUAUGGAUUCAACUCUUAAAGAUCUUUAUAAAACCAUCUGGAAACUAAAUUUGUUGAUCAAGAAUAUGAUGAACAGUAUUGCAGUCAGUGAAGCAGAACAUGAUUACAAAAAAAGUGGUCAUAUGGGUUCAACUCUUAAAGAUCUUUAUAAAACCAUCUGGAAACUCAACUCUCUUCUCGGUUCCAAACAUGAAUUCAACACAAGGAUAUUUAAAUAACAGUUUAUUGAGUGGCACUGUGGCAGUUAAAUGGAAACAUUUUUUAUUUAUAAUAACUUAAUAACUUCAACAAAAAAUACAAUAUGUAUAAAAAUUUAAAUGAGUAACUUAUCAAUUACAAUUAAAGUAUUAAAGUAAAGUACAAACUGUUUUACAUUAUCUCAAAAUCAUCUCUUAGGUCAUUAUACUCAAGAUCACGACUCUUGAUAGCUUAAAUAUCCACCUAUAUAUAUAGGUAGAUAAGUAGAUUAGGUAAAACUUUUUCUUAUAAAAAUGUUGAAUCAGUAUUUCAGAUUCUAAAAUAUUUAGAUAAACUACCAUACAUUUAGGUUAUCUAAGGCUUUUAAGAAAUAUGAAAAUAAAAAUUUAAAUUCCAUUUAACAUAAAUAUUGUGUAAUAAAUAGAGCAAAAAUAUUACAAAAAAAACCACAUGAGUAAGUAAAUCGUAAAACAUUAAAAUACGUAGUACACUACGGUGGUACACUGGUAUGUCAAAAUGGUAACUAAUUAAAAUUCUCUACGUAUUCCCAGUUCUCAGAAUGGGUAAUUAAUUUUAUCUUAUCCUAUUAAUUAGAUUAUAAAAGUGUAUAUAGGACAGUCUUCAAUGUAUUUUACCUACAUGUUUAUCGAUCGGAUAAGUAUAUUGGUAUAAUAAUUUUAUGUUUGGGAUUUUUGGUACAUUGCGUACGAAAUUACUACCAGAAACGGCAGAAACUUAAGUAAGUACUUAUAAACAAUAAAUUAUCAGGUAUAAAUAUUUAUAUUACGGACUGAAUAUUAUACUUUGCACAGUGUUUUUGGGAAAAUCAUUAAAAUACUAUUUUUAAAGGGCAGGAUAAUUUGGUUAAUUUUGACUAGUUAAUUAUGCAUUGUAACUUAAAUUUAAAAGAGAUUAAAAAAGAAGGCGAGUAUGUGGGUGUCGCUCAGCUGUACAGUAGGUCACAAAUAGGUCACUGUAAUGGAUGGUGUUAAAUUUGAAUUAAAUAAUAUAUCAUUAUAUACCAAAAACAAUUCUGAGGGGAGACUGUUUGUCAGCCUAGGAUAUUUUAUAUUAUAUUUAUAUUAUUGUUAUUAUUAAUACGGACAAUAUGGUAGCCAGUAAGUUGAAUUAAUAUUAUUUGUAUAUUAUCAUAUUUUAAUAUGAUUAAAAAAUUUUUAAAAAACCAAUACAUUCAUCGCUCCAGCAUGUUUUUCAAAAUAAUUAAUAAACCAUAGUAUAAAACAAA